AUAUGAUAUUCUGUAUGUUAUAAUAAUUUCCUUUGCGAUGGCGCGACUAAUUCGAUAUUUUUCUUCAACUUCUAGAAAAAAAUCAACGUAUAAUACAAAUUGCAUUGAAAUUCCAAUUAAGAUUGAAAGAAGUUCUACUGAUUUGUUAAAAGCUAUUUCUUAUACUAUCCAAAGAGAUCCUACUGCUGCUCAUUUUAAGUAUCAUGAUGAUCCUUACCUUAUUCCAGUUUCAAAUUUUCAAAAACGAGCUUAUGCUCUCAGUCAAGAGUCUGGUAGAAAAGCAGCCAACUGGAUACGAGAACAACAUGCAGAUCUAUUUGACCAUAAAGUAUCUAAUCCUCCAAUAGAGAAAUUUUAUCCAAAAGUUAUUUAUAAUGAAGAAUAUGAUGUGAAUGAAAAUGAUUUGAAAAAAGUAAUAAAUUUAGGAAAUGUAUCUGAUGCUUUAACUAUUUACAGUUUAUUAAAAAAUAAAAAUAAAGAAUUAAAUAUUGAUACAAAACAGUCCCUUCUUGAACUAGUUUGUUUCUAUAAUAGUCAAGAUGUUAUAGAAGAAAAUUGGAUUGAAGAAAGGUGGUAUACACAGGCUAAUCAAGAACGAGAAACAUUAAGAAAUACUUGGAAGUUAAAUGGUUUUGCAAACACAUUGUUUUCAUCUUUUCAAAAUCCCAAUGCAUAUCAUUAUUCUUCUAUUAUACAAGGAAUGGCAAAGUUUUAUCAGUUUGAAGAAGCCUACAAAUUUUAUCAAGAAGCAUGUGAAAAACAAGUUGUUUUAUCUAUUGAUGCUUAUAAUUCAAUUAUUCGAACAGCAUUAUAUAUUAAAGAAGGCACUGAUCAUAAAUGGAUGCAUAUACAAAAAAUCUUAAACAAAAUGAAUGAGUGUGGAUUAUCUAUGAAUAUUGGGACACUUAAUUCAGUUCUUAAUGUUUUAUCAAAUGUUAUAUCUAACUCAGAAAUAAAAACAUAUGCAUUGAGUACUAUUUCAGAAGCAAAAAAACUCAAUAUUGAUCCCAGUUUGGCAACAUACUAUUAUCUUCUUAAAAUAUUUUGUUCUGACAGAAAAAAUAAGAGUACAAUAUUAGUGGAUAUACUUAAUAUACUUGAAGGAAAAUCACUCAUUAUCAAAGAUAUAGUUGAUACUAAUUUUUUUAUGGCUGCCAUGGAAAAUUGCAGAUAUCAUUUACAAGAUUUUAAUGUAGCUCUUCGUGUUCAUGCUAUUUUAUUAGAAAAUAAUAAUUAUAAUUUGAUUGGGGACUCAUACAAAGAAUCAAUUUACUAUCGUCAUUUUUUUGCAAUUUUAUGUCAAAAUGAGUCAGUUGAAACACUUAUGAAGUAUUAUGAAGACUUAGUACCUCAUAUCUAUAUUCCGGAACCAGCGAUUACUGAGAUGAUAAUAAAAGUAAUUAAUUCAUCUGCUGCUGUUGAACUGUACCCAAAAUUGUGGUCAGAUAUUUUAAUGUUUGAUCAAGCUGAUCGAGAACCAAUUAUUACAGAAUUAACCAAUGGUCUAGCUCAAAAUUUGUUUCCAAGUUUUAAUUUAUCUAUCAAAUCAAAAAUUGGUCAAUUAGGUUUUAGUAUUUAUAAUGGAAUAGAAGAACGACAACAAGUUGGGAAAAUAAAAAUGCCCUGGACGGGUGUUAUGUUGGGAAAUUUAAUAGAUAUUUGUUUGUUUGGAAAUUGUAUUGAAGAUGCUGCUAAAAUAAUAAACAAAUUACAUAGAAAUCAAAAUGAAAUCAUUGGUGUUCCUAGUAGUCAAACAAUCAGUAAUUAUAUUAAUUACUGUAUUGAAAAUAGUCAUUUCAAUGAAUUAAUAAAAUGUAUUGAAUAUGCAUUGGAAGUUGAAUACAUAGAAAUUGAUGAAUUCAUUUCAAAAAUACUUAAGGAAAUGUCUCUGACGCCGAUGCAGCAAACUCAUUUAUCCAAACUUAUAGGAACUGAAUACUUUCAUAAUAUAGUCAAUAAAAACAGUUAAUCUAUUUAAAGUUCUUUUUUUGUUAGAAAAUUAUUACGUUUUAUAUAUAAUAAAGGUAAUUUUAGUAGUUAA